AUGAAAAUUGAUCGCAAGAAGAUUGUCAAUAGAUCCGGCUAUGACCAGAAUGAGUGUAUGCUACUUGCUAAGCGGUUGUCUGAAUGUCCGGACGAUACACUGAUAUCAGAGCUUAAGAAAAUCAAUGUAUGGAACUAUGGAAAAUGUGAAUUGGGCCUCUGGGCUGAUGUUCUUGAUCGCUUGGAUGCUAUCCUUGAGCGAGCAGUGACGAAAGUUGGGCGGUGGAUGCUACGGUUGGAUACCCCAGAAGAGGCAUCGUUAGUUGACGAUGUCGUAACAAUUUUAGAAUUUACUGGUCAUUUAAUUGAACACAGCAUCUAUCGUUAUCUCUAUGGGUCAUGGAACCAUAUACUUGCUUUAUUCGGAUCCGAGAACAUGGAUAUCCUGCUUGCUGUACUUGGACUGUCGUACAACUUUAGUCGUGGAAGGCCCUCCAGUUAUAUUCCUUGGCCUGCAAAUCACAAGAUCGUAUUACAUGCACUGCACAAGCGCAAACAGACUCCAUCCCAAAUAAUGGAAGAGCUUUUAGCUCAGCAUCCCGUUCCAUCAUCAAAACAAAUGGCCCUCUUUGCCCGUGUUCGACUCGCCACAUAUUUUGCGGAUCCAGAACAGCGUCAUAAAUGCAUUCGUGCCCGUCUACAAGCGCUCUCUAUUUUGUCGUAUACCUUCGAUGUGGACGAGCGUCAUCUUUAUCCCAAUCUCCUGGAUGAACUUGUCGAAGUCCUCGAACUACCUGAUGGCCAAUAUAUGGGGAUCAAGGCAUGCGCUCUACGAACGAUGACAGCCAUUGUUAACUCUCACCGUUUGGGUGUGGAGUAA